AUGGAAACGAUAAACGCACAUGCUGCUUUCUUAAGUAAUUUUGAAGUAAUGCAAAUUCUACAAGAAUUAAAAGACAGUACACAAAAAAAAUAUAAGAGGGAGGGUUCACUCGCCACGGUUACAUAUGAGACUGUUCAUUACUUACAAGAUACAGAGUGCAAGAAUCAAAGUAAGGAAUCAAUACAGAAAUUUCUGGAAGCAAUGAAAAAGUUUAAAUUAACAAAGAUGGAAAAACUGAUGAUGGUGAAUACGCCUCCACGAACAGAGUUAGAAAUACAGUUGAUUGUUCAAGAAAGUGAAGAAAGACUUUCGGAGGAGGCUGUUCGUAACAUCAUAGAUAUUGUUAAUGAGAUAUUUCCAAACAUUGUUAUU